AUGACGGAAGAAGAAACGAAAAAGAAAAAGAAGAAAACAACUUUCGAUUUGGAUGCGGCCCUUGCACAAGCUGGUACAGAUGAAUCAGUACCAGACACAAACGAAAAAGAAAAUCAGGAACCAGUGGAAGCUGAUGCAGAUGAUAAUUUUGAUUUAGAUGCUGGUGCGAAAAAAAAAAAGAAAAAAAAGAAGCCAUUUAAUUUUGAAGAAUUAGAUGGAGCUUUGCCUGACAAAGAUGAUGGAACUAUCAAUGAUGGAACAGGACAUGAUGACACUGGUGGAAUUGAUGAUGAUUUUAAUUUGGAUAUGGACUUUUCCAAAACUAAAAAAAAAAAGAAAAAAAAGAAAGACCUCGAUGAAUUAGUCGCAGAAGAAGAAAAAGAAAAAGUCGAGGAAAAAGAUAAUGAUGUCAAUCUUACUUGGUCUGGGUCGGACAGAGAUUACACAUAUGAUGAAUUACUUACUCGUGUUUUCGAUAUCCUGAGAGAUAAAAAUCCCAACAUGGUUGCUGACAAAAAGCAAAAAUUUGUUAUGAGACCACCACAAGUAGUUCGAAUUGGUACCAAGAAAACAUCAUUUGCUAAUUUUACAGAUUUUUGCACAACAUUGCAUCGUCAACCAAAACAUUUAUUAGAUUUUCUCUUGGCCGAGUUGGGUACAAGCGGAUCAGUCGAUGGUAACAGCCAACUUAUAAUAAAAGGUCGUUUUCAACAAAAACAAAUAGAAAAUGUCCUUAGGAGAUAUAUAAAAGAAUACGUGACGUGUCACACGUGCCGUUCGCCCGAUACAAUUUUGAGAAAAGACACUAGAUUGUUCUUUUUACAAUGUGAAACUUGCGGAUCUCGGUGUUCCGUUGCUAGUAUUAAAUCGGGUUUUCAGGCCGUCACCGGAAAACGUGCUGCUAUACGAGCAAAAACAGCAUAA